GAAGCAGCAGCAAUUAAGCACCACCACCACUGGGAUAAAACACUCCAGCUUCCAGCAGACUAGGGCAUUGCUGCGAGAGAUGGCCAGGCUGCGGACGUCUUCCCUCCUCCCAGGACUCUUCGUCCUCCUGCUCGCCAGCCUCCCAGCUUCGUGGCAAGGAGGAGUCCCCGGUGCUGGAGUGGGGAUACCGGGAAGAGGCUACUAUCCAGGAGCUGGCCUUGGCGGUUUGGGAACAGGAGGCCUCGGGACGGGACUCGGAGGAGCAGGGCUUGGUGCCGGAGUGAAGCCUCCCAAACCAGGUGUCGGAGGGGUUGGAGGAGUUGGGGGUCUCGGUGUCGGAGGACUCGGAGGACUUGGAGGGGUCUACCCGGGAGGUGUCUACCCAGGAGGUGUCUACCCUGGAGCAGGAGUGGCUGGACAGGCGGCAGCCCUUAAAGCUGCAGCCAAAGCUGCUGCUGGACUUGGCAUCCCUGGAGGCGGCGGCGGCGGUGUCCCUGGAGCUGGCGUUGGUGGUGUUGGCGUCCCUGGAGGCGGCGACGGCAUCCCUGGAGCUGGUGUCCCUGGAGCCGGCGUGGGUGCUAAGCCUGGGAAAAUCCCUGGAGUUGGGAUCCCUGGGGUCUACCCAGGAGGUGUCCUUCCCGGCACAGGGAUCCGUUACCCCGGCGUAGGGGUCCUGCCGGGGGUGCCGACUGGAACCGGAGUCAAGCCAAAAGUCCCAGGAGCCGGAGGAGGGGCCUUUGCAGGAAUCCCUGGCUUUGGCGGCUUUGGAGGCCAGCAGCCGGGACUACCUCUGGGCUACCCCAUCAAGGCACCCAAACUCCCAGGUAGUUACUAUGGGCCUUACGGUCCUGGGCCUUUCGUCAACGGGCUCAUAGGGCCAAUCGGCGCAGGUGUUGGGAAGACCGGCUACCCCACAGGCACAGGUGUAGGAGCACAGGCGGCAGCUGCGAAAGCCACAGCAAAGUACGGUACUGGGGCUGUGCCCGGAACAGGUCAGCUGCCUGGUGCCUCAGGCCUUCCAGGAGGCAUUGGUGUGGGUGGGCCGGCAGCAGCCGCCGCGGCCGCUGCUGCAGCCAAAGCAGCAGCCAAAGCUGGGGCCUACGGUGGUGGAGUGGUCCCUGGUGGUGGUAUCCCAGGGCUAGCUCCAGGAGUGCCCGGUGUCGGUGGACUUCCCGGUGUUGUACCUGGUACUGGAGUGGGAGGAGUCAGUCCAGCGGCACCAGCGGCGGCAGCUGCCAAAGCGGCCAAAUACGGUCGGGUUCCAGGUGUGGGCGUCGGUGGUGGUGGCAUCCCAGGUGCUGGCGUACCUGGUUUAGGCGGUCCUGUGACUCCAGGUAUAGGAGGAAUCCCUGGUUAUCCAGCUGUCCCAGGUGUUUCGGCAGGAGCGGCGGCGGCGGCGGCAGCUAAGGUGGCGGCAAAAGCAACGUACGGGACUGGGGUUGCACCUGGUUAUGGAGCUAUUCCUGGAGUGGCGCCCGGUGGUGUGGUGCCUGGCAGAGUGGUGCCCGGCGGGCUAGUACCGGGAAGUCCUGCAGCAGCAAAAGCAGCAGCAAAAGCAGCGAAAUACGUGCCUGGGGGUGUUGGAACAGCAGCGGCAGCGGCAGCAGCAAAAGCAGCAGCAAAAGCAGCAAAAUAUGGAGCCGGGGUCAUGCCCGGAGCUGGAGUCAUUCCUGGAGCCGGGGUCGUUCCUAGAGCCGGAGUUGUGCCCAGAGCCGGGGUCCUGCCUGGAGGGAUCCCUCAAACUGGAAUACAGCCAGGAGCCAAACCCCCCAAAUACGGUGUACCAGGAGCUGGAUUGGGCGGCAUUGCCGUGCCAGGCCUCGGUGGUCGAGGAGGAUAUGGAGUCCCCGGUUAUGGUGGCUUGGGAACUGGAGGGCUGACCCCCGGGCUUCAGUAUCCAGGGGCUGGGGGCAAGCCCCCCAAACCAGGUUAUGGUCUUGGCAUCCCACAAACAGGGAUUGCUCCUGGCUACGGAUUAUCUCCUAUCUACCCAGGAGCUGGGGGUUUGGGAGCAGCGGCAGCAGCGAAAGCGGCUAAGUAUGGAGCUGGAGUCGUGCCUGGGGCCGGAGUCGUGCCUGGGGCCGGAGUCGUGCCUGGCGCCGGGGGCUUACCAGCAGCCGGAGCCAGAGUUGGCGGCAAGCCUUAUGGAGUUCUUGGAGCAAAGAGCUGGAGAGGGGUCGGCCGGAAGAAGAAAUAGACCCGAUGCACUGCAUGACCUUCACCUCAUGAACUCUGGUGCUACUGCCUGGUCGCGAAUGUACCCCCCCCCCCCGCCCCGAGAAAAGCAGAGACCCUGCCACCGUCCUGGGCCACCCCCCACCCUGGCCUGCCUCCCCCUU